AUGGCGACUGCUACUAUCCAACUCACUCCCAAGGAACAGCAGCUUCGCCGUCUUCUUCUCGAUGUAGCCAGGUCCAUUGAUGAUUCUCGCCAAGCUCCAGAGCCUAUUGUCCUGCGCUGGGCUGGUGGUUGGGUGCGCGAUAAGCUUCUCAACAUUCAGAGCCAUGAUAUCGACGUCGCAAUCAACGCCAUGACUGGCGUUCCCUUUGCUCAAGCCAUGUGCGAUUAUUGUGAGCAGCCAGAUGCCAUGGCUAAGCACAACAUUGGGCCUGCGGAUAUUGGCAGUCUGCACAAUGUUGCCCGCAACCCAGAAAAGUCAAAGCAUCUUGAAACGGCCAUGGUCAAGAUGUUCGGACUAGACCUCGACUUCGUUAAUCUUCGAAAAGAGACCUACACUGAGGACAGUCGUAACCCUCAGAUGGAGUUUGGCACAGCGGAAGAAGAUGCGCGCCGUCGCGAUGCUACUGUGAACGCACUCUUCUAUAACCUACAUGAUGAUCGUGUUGAGGACUUCACAGGGGGGCUUGCCGAUAUGGAUGCCAAAAUUAUCAGAACGCCUUUGGAGCCUUUCCAGACUUUCAUGGACGACCCCCUACGGGUCUUGCGGCUCGUUCGCUUCGCCAGUCGACUUCAGUUCGAAAUUGAUUCUGAAACACACAAGUUCAUGGCGGACUCAAAGGUCUUGGAGGCACUGCGUGUCAAGAUCAGCCGAGAACGAGUUGGUGUAGAGUAUGAGAAGAUGCUAAAAGGAGCUCACCCACAUCAAUCACUCGAACUGAUCGAUGAGCUGCAGCUCUUCCACGCCAUCUUUACCGACCCUGAACACAACAACCUCCCAACACCAGAGAUCUCGCAGUGGAGCGUUGCAUACACUUGCCUCGAUGAGCUCCUGAAGGAUCCAACCCCAACUUCUGUGGCUGGACGUCUUAUUACUUCUGAAGAUGCUUCUUCUCCUUUCUAUGCAUGGAACCUUGCUGCUUUGACUCCCUGGAUGAUCGUCGAAGAACCCCCGAACUUUCGCAAGAAGCCAAGUGCUUAUCCACCCGUAGCUGUUGUCGCUCGUGAAGGCUUCAGGGCCCCAAACAAGUUGGCAGACGUUAUUUCUGCAGCAUAUCGCCACCGAGAAGAGAUUCUGGAAUUAAAAGAGGCUGUCUGUAACGGAGCUUCAUAUCUCGAAGAGCGCGAUCGUUUUGGCAUGGCCAUCCGCAAAUGGGAUUCUCCAGCUGGUAGUUGGAGAGUACAAGUCCUCAAUGCUCUGCUAGUUGAAGCACUAGAAACACUUCCAACAUGGAACCGUGAAGGAUCAGAAAAGCAAAGCGAAUUCUUAGCAGGUUGGAAAAAGUUCCUCGACCACCUGGCUAAGCUGGACCUUUAUGAAGUCACAUCUCUCAAAAAGCUACUCGAUGGAAAGGGUCUGGUCAAAGCACUCGGCACGAAACCUGGAAAAUGGACUGGGCCGGCUCUUCAAGUGUGUAUUGCAUGGCAACUCCGUAACCCUGAUGCAACGGAUCCAGCAGGUGCUAUAGAGGAGGUGAAAAGCCGGAGAACAGAGCUGGAGAUACCAUAG